UAAAUAAAAAAAACAAAAAGAUCAUAUGGAUAUUGUGAGAAUAGAGUUUUUGUUGAGGCUUUUAGCAACUUUGUUGUUGGUUUUGACUGCUUGUCUUGUUGGAUUUGAUUCUCAAACUAAAGUUGUUUUCUUAACUGUCCAUAUAAAAGCCAACUACAAAUAUUUGGAUGCCUUGAGUGUUUUGGUAUGGAUUGAUGCUGCUGCUGCCAGUUAUAAUGUACUCCAACUGCUGAGAAGUUUUUUCAUUACUACUUCAAAGGGGGAUAUUAAACAAUUUUCUCACAAGAAUUAUUGGUUCUUUUUCUUAUUAGACCAGGCAGUUGUGUACAUUGUAUUUGCAGCAAAUUCAGCAGCAAUUGAAGCAUCAGUAAUUGCAUUAAUUGGAAUAAAAAGUUUACAAUGGAUGAAAAUAUGCAAUAGAUUCACUAGAUUUUGUAUCCAAAUGGGAGCUGCUUUAAUAUUGGGCUAUCUUGCUGUUGUUAUAUUAUUUCUAAUUUCAUCAAUUUCUGCUUUUCAAUUAUUUAGGCUAUACUCACCUAAACAUUUUCUUAAACUUAAAACAAAAUUAAUUGAUGAUCCUUAUAUUGUUCAUCAAAACGUGUUGCAGAACGAUCUACAAAAUAAUUGAUAUCGAUACAGUUUGCUUCCUUACUUCAUAAGUUGCUAUGUAAAAAUAAAUUUAUGAUGGAUUAAUUGGAUUAUGC